AUGGAAAAUCAAUAUAACCUUUGCCCUUUAUUUUCUUUUUUUUUAUAUAGUCCCUAUCAUCAUUUGUUUAUCCUACUUUAUUAUUGCUUUAUUGUUAUAAUGAUUAGAACAGUUAAACCAAAGAAUGCUCGUUCCAAGAGAGCGUUAGUCAAGAAGGAAGCUAAAUUAGUUGAAAACACCAAGACAGCUCUUUUCGUUCCUGGUUCAACGGGAAAUAAAUUUUUACAUGAUGCUAUGUGUGAUUUAAUGGCAUUUAAAAAACCAUUUAUUAAAAAGUUUUCUAAGAAGAAUGAAAUUAGACCAUUUGAAAAUUAUGAAGAAUUGGAAUUUUUCAGUGAAAAGAAUGAUUGUUCAUUAAUGGUAUUUUCAUCAAGUAAUAAAAAAAGACCAAAUAAUUUAACAUUUAUUAGAUUUUUCAAUUAUAAAGUUUAUGAUAUGAUUGAAUUUUCCAUACAAAAGAAUCAUAAAUUAUUACAAGAUUUCAAGAAGUUGACUUUUACAAUUGGUUUAAAACCAAUGUUUUCAUUUAAUGGACCAUUAUUUGAUUCUCAUCCAGUUUAUCAACAUGUUAAAUCAUUAUUUUUGGAUUUUUUCAGAGGUGAAGAAACUGAUUUACAAGAUGUUGCUGGAUUACAAUAUGUUAUUUCAUUAUCAACUGGAGAAAUUGAAGAUUUAAAUGAUGAUAAAAUUUUACCAAAUGUUUAUUUCAGAGUUUAUAAAUUGAAAUCUUAUAAAUCUGGUCAAAAAUUACCAAGAAUUGAAUUGGAUGAAAUUGGUCCAAGAUUAGAUUUUAAAAUUGGUAGAAGAAUUUCCCCAAGUCCUGAAAUUGAAAAAGAAGCUAAUAAGAAACCAAAACAAUUGGAACCAAAAGUUAAAAAGAAUGUUAGUACCGAUUUCAUGGGUGAUAAGGUUGCUCAAAUCCAUGUUGGUAAACAAGAUUUAAGUAAAUUACAAACCAGAAAGAUGAAAGGUUUGAAAGAGAAAUAUGAUCAAAUAAGUGAAGAUGAAGAUGAAGAUGAAGAAGGCAGUGAUGUUUAUGUCUCAGAUGAAGAAUAUGGUUCAGCUGCUGACGAAGAAGAAGACGAUGAAGAACAACAGCCUCCAAGCAAGAAACAAAGAGUAUAG